CUUACGCCGCCCAGUAUUUAAAGGCAAAAGUUAUCAUUACCUUGGAUAUAGGGAGGCAUCCCUUCCUCUGUGCUCGGCCGCCUAUCCCGCCUCUAUUUUUUGCCUCCUUUUCAACCCACUGAUACGCGAUAAUAACCGAAUACACUGCGACGCCCAUGACCCGAUUCUUGCCCUCUGAAACGAGACCACUGCUCGACGAUUCCCCGAAUUCCUACUCAACCAUCACACAUUGUGACCGCGAUGACGUCGUUUCGCUCGAGUCCGAUUCCGCCUGUGAACUUGUUCCCGCGCCCGCCUUGAACAAAUUUUCGCGAGCAGACACCGUCUGGAUUCUCGCUGGGCUUUGGAGUGCCGUAUUCUUGGGCGCUUUGGACGGGACUGUUGUUGCGACUCUGUUGACGCCCAUCGGGAGCCAUUUCAAUAAAUCCAACCAAUCGUCCUACAUUGGGACUGCAUACUUGUUAUCUGUCUGUUGCUUUACGCCGCUAUAUGGUCGACUUUCUGAUAUUUUGGGCCGCAAGGGUGCCAUGCUGUUGGCCCUAUCAUUGUUCGGUUCAGGAACUGUUUUCUGUGGAAUGGCUCCUUCUAUGGAAGCGCUGAUAGCUGCGCGCGCUGUUGCAGGAAUGGGAGGCGGAGGUGUAAUGACCGUUUCUAGCAUAGUAGUCACAGAUCUGAUCCCAUUAAAACAACGAGGCCUUUACCAAGGGAUGGCAAAUAUCCUUUUCGGCCUUGGCGCAGGGAUAGGCGGGCCUCUCGGUGGGUGGAUCAACGACGUGUUCGGAUGGGAAGCUGCUUUUUACUUCCAAACACCGCUCCUUCUAUUUAGCUUCAUUCUGGUGUCGGUGAAAGUAAACAUCCAGCUGCCGUACGAGGUACAGAACCAGACUCUAUACGAGAAACUCCGCCGUAUCGAUGGCAUGGGUUCUUUGACUCUCGUCGGUACCGUGGGCUGCUUACUUCUUGGAUUCAGUCUGAAGACGACGGAAGAAAUGCCGUGGUCUCAUCCAAUCAUCUACGGCCUUUUCAUUUCCAGCGCGGUUUUUGGAGUGUUGUUUAUUCUCGUGGAAAAGUACUGGUCACCAUAUCCCGUUAUGCCUCUCCGCCUGAUAACACAGAGAACGCCGCUUUCCGUAUCAAUAGCCAAUCUGUUUGGCAGCAUGUCCGCAUUUUCAAUGCUCUACAACAUCCCAUUGUAUUUCUCAGCAGUUCGGCUCUAUUCAGCCACAGAUUCUGGGUUACAUCUCCUCCCCCAUUCCUUUGCUAUCUCAACGGGAAGCCUAUUCGCAGGAUGGGUGAUGCGUAGAACCGGCAAAUUGUACACGCUGACCCUAGCAUCUUCUGCGUUGACAAUAGUGGCUAGCGUACUAGUUCUUUUCUGGAACGAUUCGUCCUCUACGUUUCAUCUUUGGUUGGACAUCGUCCCCCAAGGAUUCGGCAUGGCGAGUCUUAUUACCAGUACACUCAUCGCCAUGAUCGCAGGCGUUUUCAAGGAGGAUAUGGCUGUCGCAACAGGAAUAACUUAUCUAUUUCGGACCACUGGGCAAGUUCUAGGUGUCAGCCUGAGUGGAGCGAUAUUGCAGGCAGUUCUGCUCCACCAACUACGGAUGCGUAUUCAAGACCCUGGCUCAGCGGAGAUCAUUAAUGAGAUCCGUCAUUCUACGGCUAUUAUACCCACCCUUGAGCCCCGGUUCUUUGACGCCGCAGUCCGUUCCUACGCAGACGCCUUACGCGUCGUAUUUAUCUGUCAAGCCGCUUGGAACUUUAUUGCAUUCCUAGCAUGUCUUCCAAUACAAGAAAAUCAUCUACCCGGAACCGCCGAGGAGCAGGAGCAGCAUUACCGAAACCAAAGCAAUCAUGACACAUUGGAUACCUGAGUAAUUCACAAAGCAAUAUUGUAUUAUUUA